AUGAGUCAACAGCAAAAUACCGAGUCAAAGAUUAUAGCGAUACAGAAAGCUCAAGAUGCACGAUGUAAGGAAAUAACUAGAAUUUGUCGAAAGGCAGAUCAAAUCCAUUUACAAAAACGUAUGUUUUCUGAGUCCCAAGAGUUAAAACUGUUUACAGAUAUACAAAGGGUAAGUCGGUAUACUUAACACCAGUAUAAAUUUAAAAUCAGGCAUAUUGGCAAAUAAUGUUACUGAUAAGCAUGAUUAAAGAUAUACUGGUUACACAACGAAAUGCGAUAACGAUACCCCCGAAAUGUCUUCUACUUUUAACUGAUAAAAAAUGUCUUACUGCGCGCUCUAUAGUAACUUUAAAAUGAACUGACAUAGUGACGAUAAAUAAAUAGUGAUAAUCACGAACCCUAAGAUUAUGUCUGAUUAUAGUCCGUUAUGAGCGCUAGUUGUCUUUUCUUGACAACAGUUUAUCGAAGACCAAAUUUAUGUUCUUAUCGUAGCUCGUCGUUUAAUAAGUAUAUGUUUAAUCGUGCUGAUAAGCGACAAGUAUCAAUUUCAGGCUAAAGAAUCACAAGCCAGAGAACUUGCUGAAUUGGAGCAAGAGCAAAAACUCGCUCAAAUCAUGGCAGAUAUAAAACAUCAAGAAAUGGUUGAAUUGAAAACUAAGUAAGCAAUAUAAUAUUUUAAAUUUCAAUGGCGUUUCAAUUCAAAUAUAAAUAUCCAUAUAAACUCGUAGUCAAUUAAUACGUAACAAUUGUCUGGAACUUCGGUGUGCCGAGAAACAUAUACGAACAGCUGAAGCAACCAAAAUAAUACAAAACCAAAUAAAAGAAAAAGAAGCUAUAAAAAAAGAAGAAAAGGCCAGAAAUUAUUAUAGUGAUUUAAAAAUUAUAGAAGCUUCAAAAAACUUGGAUAAAUCGGAAACAGAAUUACAAAAUCGGAAAAAACAAAUGAAGUUAGAAUAUAAAAAUGCAAUUUUAGAGCAAAUAAGAGAAAGAGCUGAGAAACUAUUAAAUAUAUCACCAAGGACGCCAACUGCAGUUGAUUCUAUAAAUCCCAAAGAAAACGGUUUGAAGCAAAGAAAAGCAUUAGCGAAAGUUUUUCGAAAAGAAAAUGAUGAAUUAAUUCAAAUUAAAAACGAACGACAAGAAAACGAACGCAAAGAAACUGAAAAACAAGAUAAGUAAGUUGAAGAAAUAACUUUAUACCAUAAUAUUAGUACAUCGCUAUAAAUACAAUUAUUGUACUUUAACUGUAAUUUAACGUUUAUAGACGUAUUGAAGAAUAUUUAAUAAACUUGGAAAAAAGAAAAAAAUGCAGAGAAGAAAUUAAAAAAAAAAAGCAAGAAGAAAAAGACAAAAUCUAUAAUUUUUUAAUUAAUCUUAAGUUAUCGACGGUAAAUUGAUCAUCCAACUUUGUUUAAAAAAAAACAAAAUAACUUUAUAUUUUGUUUUUUUUUUUGUUUUUUUCUGUAGAGAAAUUCAUGUAAGGAUAGUGACAUUCAUAAUCAACCUAUAGACGAACAAAGAUUAAACGCUAAUUAUCAAGCAGCGAAACACGAGAAAGAAGCAAAAAUUCUAAUUCAGAACGAAAUGAUGAAUCAAAAUGAAAUACAAUUGCAUUUAAAAAUAGAACAAUUGAAGAAAGAGAAAGAAAUUGAUUUUAUAGAAUCACGAAAGGUAUCAUUUUUAUUCAGUAUUAACAUAUACCAUAUUAAACAUAGAUUUGUUUCAAGUUUUAAACAACUGUCUUCUUUGUUAUUAUAGUUGAUACUUAAUUAAUAUUAAUUGAUAUUUAACACAAUAUAACAAAAUAACAAUACAAUAUUGUAGUUAAUACCUUUUUCAACGUUUGUCCAUAUACUUUUAGUUCAUAAUGGCACACAUUUUGUAUUGCAUUUAUUUGCAGUCUCAUGCUACACAGCUUCAUAAUGUUUAUUCUUCCCCGUUCCUUUCUCUUUAAGCUUGUAGCUUAAGCCUAUCGGAAAUUGAUAAAUUGUCUUACAUACUUUACAAAAUUCGCUUACUAUAUACAUUUUAUCCUAUAUUUAAGAUUCUGUGUGGCGCAAGGAAUGUAUUAGUUUAGAAUGAUGUUUAUUUUUUAUUUUUAUUUUUUCUGUGGACAACUUUUCUACCAGCAAUUAUUCUUCGAUUUACAAUUAUAGCAAUUUUUGUAAAAGGAAAUCUUAUCGAGAAGGUACUUCAGGACAGUCAUUUUAUGAUUUUCCCAGGAGUUUUCCCAGUGAAUUGGAAAAACCACGAAAAACCAGGAAAAAAUGUAGGAAAAUAAUAAAAUAGGUACAAUAUUAGACAAAUAUCAUUAAAUAAAAUAUAUAAUGCCUAUUUAAUUAUUUUACCUUAAUACAAAAUAUAUAAUAUAGCAUAUUUAUAUUAUAGCUAUAUGAUAUAUAUAUAUAACAAUGAUUAAUCGUUUCCUACAGAUAUACAUUAAAUUUCCCCCGUAAUCUGCACAUUUUUUACUCAUAUUUUUAAUAAAAAAAGUGAUAUACUUCGCACGUGUGUGGAUUACUGACGUAGGCGAGAAGUAAAGAAGUUAGAGGGGAAAUUGAAUGUAAAACAAUAUCUAUAUGUAUGCCAUAUCGUUGUAAAAUAAUUAAAUAGGCUUUAUAUAUUUUCUUUAAUAAUGUACCGGUUUUCCCGUUUUUCUCAAUUUUUCCCCGGUUUUUCAGACUUUCUAGGAAAAUUCUUAGAAAAAUUGAAAAAUUACCUCUCUAUAGUACCUUCCUAGUUAGAUUUCCUUUCACAAAAAGUGCUAUCAUUGUAAAUUGGAGCAAAAUAUUGCUUGUAGAAAAGUUGUUGACAGGAAAAAAAUCAUCGUAUUUUAAAAAUAUAUUUCGAACAUUUUUCCAUUUUUCCUGAGUUUUUUUCGGUUCUUUUACAUUUGAUGAGAAAACUAAGAACAUCGAAAAAUAACCCCUCUAAAGUUCCUCCUUACAACGAUUUCCUAUCAGAAAAGGUACUACACUUAAAAAUCGGAGCUACCUCACGAAGUAAGUACAUUUUAAACACUAUAUUGUAUAUCUGUAUUAUGUAAGUUCAAUACAAGUUUGUAAUUAAUUUAUACAUUUUUAUUAUUCAUUUAACAAGAAUAUAGAUUAAUUAUGGUCAUCCAUAAUAUUAACAAAUAAACCUAUAUUUAUAAUUAUUACAGCGAAACGAGGUUAUUAUAAAGAAACUCAGAAGUCAGUACCCACUCAAUAUAAUGUAAUCAAACAUACCUACAUCUUUCCCGGUAGAGGAGCAGUUCUAAUAAAUUCCAGCAGGUAGAGACUUUUCCUUUCAAUCACAAAUAUUUGAUAGUAGUAUAUUAUUGAGAAAAUAUUUAAAAAUUACAUUUUUGUUAUCAAUUUAUCGGAAUAUACAUUUCAGUGUUCCACACUUCCACCAGUUAUCCUCUCAGCAAUCUGGUCAUUACCAAUAGAUGUUUGCACCGAGUCCAUAACCAUAAAAUCACAACAAGUUUUUCAUUGACGAAAUAUUUAAUUUUAUACUUUCUAUUAUUGAAAAUUAAACUGUAACGAACUCAAAGUCCUAUUGGGAAAAGUGGGAAAGUACUAAUUUUUUUGCCGCCCUUUAAAAUGGUACAAUAUUUUCCACCCUAGGACACUUGCCCCAUUGCCCCCCCCCUUUUGGCAUGACUCUGUAUCACCGUAUAAUAUUAAGUUUAUUACGAGUAAAAAAAUUGUUUAGUAAUCACUCAGUUUUCUCAAUGUGAAUACUAUAAGUGCUAGAUGAACUGCUAGAUGGUAAAUAACAUGCUCCUAUAAUAAAUUUAAAAUAGUUUCCUUAUUCACCAAUACAAAUAAUUGUUCAAAGUUAUCCGCUUGUAUAUAACUUCGGUAUCAAAACUUUUAUCUACUAAGAUACUAAUACUAAGCCACCUCCUGUAAUAUAUUUACUGUCUUAUUGCUCCUAUCCAGUGGCGGAUUUAAGGAUGGACGAAAGCGUUCACCCUCUUUUAACAGUUAUAUUAUAUUUGUAGUUGUAAUAAUAUGGGUUAAUGAUUAUUAUACAUCGUUGUUCAAAUUGCGGUUAAACCAAUUAUUAUGAUAUUCGACAGUAUUGAUACUUGAUUUUAAUCGUAUCUGAACCUUUAUUUAGAAUUUAUUGUUCAAAAUUAAUAGGAGAGAUUUUGGGUAACCCUUCAAAAAAAAUCUUAUAUCUGCCACUGCUCCUGUCUAUAUGAUGUAUAUUAUAAAGGUCAAAUUCUAGUUCAAAUUUGUUUUCUCUUUUCGCCCUUUAUUUUUCGUUCAACAUUUUGGGGACGAUUUUUAUUACUUCUUAUACAUUUUUCACAAUUUAUAUAAAAUAUUUUGAUAAAGCUAUUAAGCAUUACUCAGAAAGCAUCACAAAGAGGGAACUUAUUUUACUCUCCAAAAGUUAUUGUGUUUAAAAUGUUAAAUUUAGGUAUUUAUUAUUUUAUAAUUUUUCAUAAUGUUAAAAAUAACAUAUUUCAGUUGUGCUCGUGUUGUAUUUAUGUAUUUAUAUGUGUAUAAUGUAUAUAUUUAUAUGAAAUUUAUUUAAUAAAUUCAAAUUGAGUCAUUUGUCCACUUUUGUAUAAUUCAAUGUAUUCUCUAUUUUUUAAUUCACGUGCUUUUGAUUGAUUUUAGGAUAUUUUAGAUUCUGAGUGUAGCGAAGAAUGUAUUGGUUUUACAAAGAUGUUUAUUUUUUUUUUAUUUACUGUGUACAAAAAUUAUACCAGCAAUGUCGCUCCAAUUUAAAAUGAUAUCACUUUUUUUGAAAAAAGAAAUUUGACUGAGAAGGUACUUUAGGGAGGUCAUUUUUCAAUUUUCGCAGGAAUUUUCCCAGUGAAUGGGACAAAUCGUGAAAAACAGAAAAAACGAGAAAAUGUACGAAAUAUAUUAAUAAAACAUUACAAUUUCUGUAGACAACUUUUCUACCAGCGAUUUGGCUCUGAUUUACAAUGAUAGCACUAUUUUUAAUAGGUAAUCUGACUGAGGAGGUACUUAAAGAGGUAACUUUUCGAUUUUAUUAUAAGUUUUCUGAACAAAUAUGCAAAACCAGGGGAAAACAUGGAAACACCGGAAAAACUGUAUGGAAAACGGGAAAAUCAGUACAAUAUUAAACAAAUAUAAAUUGCCUAUUUAAUUAUUUUACCAUAAUAUGACAUAUAUAUUGUUGAUAAAGCAUUACUAUCAACUAGACUGCGCUUAAAAUCGAUUUUUCGUUAGCAAUGGUUUAUUGUUGCUCACAAGAUAUACAUUAAAUUACCUAUAACAGUGGCUGCAUCCGUCUCCAUUAUCCUAGGACGUAUUUUUUAACUUAAUACUAUUUAAUUUAAUGUAUACAUUAGUUUAAACUCCUUAAAAUAUGGUCAAUCAUUACUAUACCUAUUGAAGACGACUACAAUAAAAACUUUUAUUACAAAAUUCAUGAAAUUACUAUCGCGCAUUAUUUGUCCUAGUUAAUUCUAAAGUAAGCUACCCAUAUCUUUAGACGGAAUAGACUAUCAUCGGAAAUAUAGGUGUCAGUUAAAUAAUCACAGUAUUUUGUUAUUUUAUCAUGUUGAAGACAGUCAGAUAAAAAUCUUCAACAAUACAAUCGUCAACCUUUUCAGGAUUUAAAUACAUUCCUCGUUCCGCUCAGGAUCUAAAAUAGUAAGCCAAAAAGUGUAAUACUGUAGUGUGUCUACUUAUCAGUUAUCAAUAUCUUAAUCGUGAUUUUUAUACUGUGUAGCCAGGCAAAAUGUUUGCACAUUUCUCCAUCACGAUUGAAUUAAAUGAAACCAGCAUCCAAUUAUUACUGUAUCUGGACAAAUAUGUAUUUAUUAUUGAUCUAUGUAUUGCUUUUUUAAAAUCAACCGCCAUUUUAACGUAGUCCAAGUGUAUUACAUUUUUCAACAAUUAUUUUAAAUACGAAUUUGUAGAUUUCGAUCGAUUUAUUAACCAAAAAAAAAAAAAAACUAAUGGUAUAUAAUGUUCAUUUUCAUAAUCAUGUAUGGUAAACAAUUGUUUAAAAAAAUCUUGCCGACUACUUAAACGUAAAAUCCAUAUAUAUAUAUAUAUUUACAACUUUGCUCAAGAAACAUAAAUUUCUUUUACAAGAAAAUAAUAUUACAUUUUUAUUUGUAUUGUUACAUACUACAAAAUUUUCUCCUUGUGCAGUCUUAAUUUCAGCUGUGUCAAUAUACUAUACAAUAACUAUGCAAUAACAUUAUUUAUAUUUGUAGAAUUAGAACAAAGAACUUUUAUACGAACUUUAUAUAUAUUUUUACUUAAUCGUUUAAAACCAACUAAGUUUAAAUAAUGCAUCAUUUUGGACAAUUUUGGACCUUAAAUACUAAUUUUGUCGGUCUUGUAUGGACAUCUUCCAAAGCUGUUCGUUUCUAUAUUGUGUUCAUUAUAUGACAUCUAAUAUUAGAUUUAUCAUAAUAUGAAUCGUGAUUAUGUUCUCCAGCUGUAGAAAUAAACGAUUUGUUUUUGUCUGUACAUAACUUAGCACCACAUCUUUAACAGAUGGAAUCAACUUUUUUGUUUGUUCAACCAAAAUUAUAUUAAACGUUAUUAUAGAGCACCAUAUGACCUCCCCGUUUACUUUCUAAGAACUCCAUUUCAGUAAAAUAAUUAAUUAAUACAUUUUUGAAAAAAAAAGAGCAAAAAACGUUCAAUAAACUAGUUAAACAAAAAGCGAAAAAACAAAACUCGUACCAGUUACACCAAACCAGUUUCAACCUCUCAUAUAUUAUUAUUUCGAACCGACAGAAAGACAAAAACAACUAUUUUAAUAUAUAAUCAAUCAUAUUACAUAGUUAUACCUAAUCAUGGACAUUCUGUCGAUUUCGAAAAUCAAUAUUGUUACAGAAUACCUACAAAAACCCGACUGUAAAUAUAAUUAAACUAUAAUACAAAUGCAUACAAAUAGUGAAAAAUAUUUACGAAUUAGUGCAAAUAGUUUUAAUAAAUGGCUCCUAAAAUAUUGAACGUAAAACCACGGGUGAAAAUGGUACAUUUAAUUUCGAUGAAAAGAUAAAACGAAUUUAUCAAAUUCGGGCGAAAAGAGAAAGGUUAGUUUUGGGUUAAAUGAGACCAGCCAGUAUAAAAUGUUGUCAAAUAGUAUGAGGAGUUCUAAUCAAAACUUGGGCUAAUCGUCCCAUCUUCGAAGUACACGGAGACAACAGGCGACACCUUUGUGCAUGAUGAUGUAGCUUUGAUAGAAGAUAAACAAAAAGAAAUUAGCAAUAGGCUUAAGGAAUAGAGAAUAGAAUAUAAAGGAUAAGAAUUUAAGGAUACGUAGGAGUUUAAGUCGUCAGAGAGUAAGCUUGACACUUAAAAGAUAAAAUUACGUACUCCAUGUUUUAGUUUAUCAAAGAAGUUUAUUAAUAGAUUUAUAAUGUAAGUUUUGAUUAAAGAUAGUUUAAAAUCAAUAUGAAGGUCUUCAUUUAUUAACGAACAUGUCAUUUUAGUUUUUGAAACGGAGGCAAAAAUGUUGACUAUCCCAUAAUAAAACUAAAAAAAAACUUUUAUCUCAAUACAAAUAACCUUCUCACAUCAUUUUAUACUUGCUAUCAUAGUCAUAAACUCAUAAAUAACCCAUUUUUUGAAAAACAACAAUAAUAAAAUAAUAAAUAUUUAAGUAGAGGAAUACCUAAAUAUAUUACUUACUAUAUGAAGAUUUAGUUUAUUCCCCAUAAUAUUAUUUAAAUAUUACCCCAAUUAAUGUCUCAUUUAAGUUAAUAUGUAUAGAGUAAAAAUGUAAAAUUAUAAAACAUAAUGCAUGAAUCAAGCCUCGGUGGCAUAUGCCUCUCCUUUCCUCUCCAAAUGACGCCACUGACCCGGGCGCAAUUGAAAUAGUUCUUAAUAUUUUAGAUUGGAAAACUUAGACUUUGUUGAUGUAUUUUGGUUCAGUUACCUGAAAUGGGGAGAGCAUAGAACACAGAGGCCUAGACAAUUUAUACUAGAAAUUUGUUUGUAAAUAUUAAUUUUUAAUACUAAAUUUUAAUUUGUUUGCAAAUGUAUUAUAUUGGUAAUUUAUCCUCGUUUCAGAUAUUACAAAGCAACGAACAAUCGAAAAUAGCUGAAGCAAAAAGAAACAGUGAAAAACGGCAAGUUAUGAUAGAAUAUGGAAAAGAAUUAAAAGAAACUAUUGACCAAAGAAGUAUUCUCAGAAAUGAAAAAAAAAAACGUUUACAAGCGGAAGGGCAUAGGUAAUAAUAAUGAUAUAUUUUCUGUAACAAUGCUAGACGAUUAUAUCAUAAUAUCAUGAUAUUUACUUAAUCAUUUUGCCUUUAAAACCGUAUAGUUUUAUAAACAAUAAAUCAGUUGGACGAAUGUUGGAUAAUGUGUUAAAAGAUGAGAAGACGUGUCCAUGUGACUCAUGAAUCUUGAUAAUGCAUUGUGCAGACCGAUAAAAAAUGAAGACUAUUGUAUAAACCAUAAUUCAUUAUAUACCAUACUUAUUAUUAUGUAUUUUAUUCUAGCACAGGUUAAAACCCAAAAUAGUAAGAUUAUGUCAUCGUUUUUACGGAAUAAUGAAUAAAUUUGGAUAAAGUGUAAAAUUCCAUUACCCAUUACAUAUUUGUACGGGGAUUAUUAUAAAUACCUAAUAGCAAAUCUGAAAAUUCUGAAGAUAAUUUAAGAGAGUGGUAAACUGAAUAAAAAAGAGCUGAUACUGCUAAUGGGUGCCAAUGUUGUAUGUGGGUAAUUGGAAAGGUAGGAUACAUAAUGUUAUUUAAUUUAUGUAUAUCUGUAAGCAACGAUAAACCAUUGCUAUAAAAACUAAUCUAAGCAAAAUUCAUUUAUACAUGAUUUAAAAGGCCAUACCAUAAUAAAAACAAAAAUUACUACAUUACUUUCUACUUUCUUUUUUUUUACCUCUAAAUACAACUUAUACCACUGAGAUAUCAGGGGGUCGCUAAGCGAUUAGCACUACAGGUUUGACUGGAAAACUGAAAUUCGGCUUUGCGUUUUGAUACUUGAAAUAUACGAACUUUAUUUAAACCUGACGCAGUAAGAACAUUAGUAGAUAAGAUGGAAAGGUAUAAACUUGGAAUUGUAGCACUACAAAAAAUAAGAUGGAGUGACACUGGAUCAAUACGAUUAAAAAAUGCUACAUUAUUUUAUGGAACAUGCGAUAAUAAAAGAUUGGGGAAGCGGUUUCGCUGUAAACAAAACAUGCAUCAACUAUGUUAAAGAUUUUAAAGUAAUAAGUUCUUAAAUCACUGUGCUAAUGAUAGUAGCCAAAUAGUUCAGUAUAGCAUUUGUGAAUGUAUAUACUCCAACGGAGAAAAAAUAAGGAAUAGAAAAAGAUGAAUUUUACUCAUUACUUAAUAAUAUCUUGAAUGAAAUACCGGCAAAUUUCAAACAAAUUAUUCUAUACUCCUACCCAUAAUAGAUCAGUACCGUUAUUCGACCAAAACUCGUCCGAUUCCGUGCAUCCCCCAUCAGCCCACCGACAGCGUCCUAUAAUAGUCAACAGCGUUCCGGUGACGGUCAUCAACGCUUAACGAUAUGCACUAUGGGGCGUAAAAUAAACUGUAUACAGACUGCUGUAGUGAGGAGCCCGUUGUAUAUUUACAUGUACUCUAACUUUUUUAAUUUUGUAUUAUUUUAUUUGCGUUGUAAUAAUAUUUUAAAAAUGAAAGUCAAUGAAUUCAUCAAUGUGAACAAACCUGCCACAUAUUAUAAACACACACUUUAAUCACUCUGUAUAUAUGUCACAGCGCGCUACGAUUGCGGCACAUAGUGGGGAAAACGGAGCUCCAAACUGUCAAUGUCAGUCAUUCUGCAUGCGUGUGAAAGUACUGAUCUCUCAUGGGCCGGAGUAUAGGAGAUUUCAAUGCGAAAAUUGGAAAAGAAAAUUACUUUAGACUUAUAUUAGGUAUUCAUAGCUUACACGAAGUAUCGAAUGCCAAUAGAUGUAGACUAGUAGCCUUUGCUACAGAAAACGAUCUUAGAAUAAAAAUCACCAUGUUUCUAUACAAAAAUAUCCAUAAAGGUACUCGGUGAUCUCCCUAAUGGACGAUAUGUCAAUCGGAUAAAUCUUGUGUUAGUAAACUCAAGAUUUAUAAAUACAGUGCUAGACGUAAGAAGUGCACGAGUAGUGGACUGUGACUGUGAUAAUUAUGUUAGUGGUGGGUAUAUUGGAAGUUACAAUCAAAAGGGCACAUGGUUCAAAGAAAAUAGGAACUAAAGGGCAUUUUGAUGUUCAAAAACUCGGUGAGCCCACUAUUCAUAAUGUUUAUCUAUUACGAAUAGACAAAACAUAAGAUCCCAACAAGUAGGGUGGGAAAGUAACGAAAUAGAAGAAAGGUGAACAAAUCUGAGGUGUAAUUCAAGAUACAACCGGUAAGUAGACAAUAGGUAGAGAGAACUUUGAUUAAAGAAAUCGUGGUUCAAUAUAAUUUGCGAAGGAGCCAUACAGAGAAGAAUGAUCACAAAAAAUAAUUGGCCAAACGAUACGAAAAACACGGAUGACAUGGUACAUGACCAAACAAAGGAAAGCAAGUAAUAUUUUUAGUUGCGAAAAAAGAAAACAUGUACAAAAUUUAGUAAGAGAAAUAGAUCAAAAUUAUGCAAGUCAUAAAACUCGUAUCUUAUACAGGAAAAUAAAUGCUCUGAGUAAAAAUUACAAGCAAUCCGAAAUAUUUCUGAGGAACGAAGACGGUUCGUUAAUCAUGGCUGAUAAUGAAUUAUCAGAUAAGUGGGUUAGAACGCUUAAAUUGUCCAGAACCUGGGGAUCCAUUUCCAUUUGAUGAUUUCCAGAGAAACCUAACAAAUUGUCCAGCUCCGACAAAGAAGAGAUUUUAUUGCAAAUAAGGUUUUUAAAGAACCAUAAAACCCCUGGAGAAGAUGGAAUUAUCGGAAAGCUAUUAAAGAACAUGGGAAAUUAACUAACUAAAUACAUAUAUUUGUUGGUAAAGGAAAUGUGGGAAAAAGAAGUGAUUCCGGAAGAUUGAAAAAGGACAAUUAUAUGUUCAAUUUACAAGAAGGGUAAUAGGCAAAUGAGUGGUAAUUACAGAGGUAAAAUCCUUCUCAAUGUCACUUAUAAAAUAUUGUCAAACUCUAUAUUAGACAGGGUGAGAUGGACCGAAGAAUUACUAGGGGACUACCAAACAAGCUUUAGAAAAAAUAGAUCGACGAUUGACCAAAUAUUCAUACUAAGACUUAUCUUACAAACAAUGAGGAAAUAUAACAAAGAAGUUCACAUAUUAUUUAUUAAUUUUUAGAAGGCCUACUAUUGCAUGCAUUGUGAAUCUUUAAUGUCUAUACUAGAGCAAUAUGGUCUCCCACUAAAAUUAGUCAAUCUCAUGAUUACAGUAAUAAAAAUACAGGUAGGAAAACCACAGUCCUUAUCAACAGCAGCCCAAGUCAGAACGAGAUUAAGACAAGGGGAUGCAUUAUCACCGAUUUUAUUUAACUUAGCACUAGAAAAAGUUUUACAAAGCACUAGCUUUGAACAAAAAGGAUUACAAGUAGGUGAAACAAAGUUUGGACUACUGGUGAGUGCUGAUGAUUCAGUGUUAUUAGCGAAAAAUAAAGAGGAGUUCGUUGAACAAACUCAAGAAUUAAUUGAGGUAGCAAAAAUAGUUGGAUUAGAAAUAAACGUGAAAAAAACAGAGUACAUGAUAACUCAGAAGGCAAUUUCGCUGGAGGAUGUACAAACUCAUCUGGAAGUGGAGCAUAUAAAUUUAACAGUGUGCAGAAGUUCAAGAAACCUAGAUACACUUAUAACUCAGAAUAUACAAGAGAAAAUAAAAGCAAGAAUACGGGCGGGAAAUAGUUACUAUUUUGGAGUGAAUACGUCAAGAAUGUUGUCUAGGAGCCUAAAAAUAAAACUGUGUAGAACUUUUAUUAAGCCCAUGGUGAUGUAUGGGUGCGAAAUUUGA